GCAGACUUCAGAGAGGGAGUUCCUUGUGCCCUAACCUGCUGGGUGAGUCAGCUUCUGAAUCGGUGCAACCUGUCGAUCUCGCCAGAAGCAACGUUGCUCCCGUGCCUGAGUGAGCCUCCACUGCCACAGCAUCAGCGCUAUUCCUCUGUGAAGCUACACCUGUACCAGCGCGACUCACGCUAGAGCGCAGGCAACUCACAGGGGCCUUCAGUAAAACAACAACAAUGCAGAGUACAUGAAAAACCAGAGAACUGCCUGGGAGUGAACAGUACUGUAUCCAAACUAGUUUGUAAACGCCAGCAAAAUGUCCAUCGCUGUCAACUUGAAAAAGAUCUCUAACUUGCCUGGAAAAUAUGACCGACAAGUGGAGCUGAUAUUCAGAGGGUUCACCCACAGGAUAAAGAAAACGCAAUGUGAAAGCGAAGCUGUAUUCAAUGAGCAAUUCACCUGGCCUCACUAUGGGAAGCUCAUCCCAGAGGAGAUGCUGACAAUCAAAGUCUACAACUGUAGCAAGGUCUUCAGCAAUAGGCUCCUGGGGAAGCUGGAGAUCACUCUGCAGCACCUGGUGUCAGCAGGGAGGCUGGUCCUCCGAGAAGCUCUUACUGACAAGAACUACAGUCUGACCGAUGUUUUCAUCGAGUUGGAUAUCCGGUAUCAGCCACUGGAAGGCACAGCGGGGGGCUGGCUGGAAGAUGACUUCCUCUCCUCCCACGAUGAAGAUGACGGGACUGGACUUAUUAUACAGAAUGUCGGCUAUUUCGACCCAAAGACGAGGGAGGUGAAGCGCACUGACAAGCUGGACCGCGAGGCUCGACGGCUGGGGAAGAGCCUGGUGAAGAGCGGAGAGGAGGGGGAGGAGGGGGACGAGGACGAUGACGACGAUGACGACUACGAUGUUUCAGAAGUCGAGUUCUCAAACAUCAACUUCACACACAUCAAGAGUCGCUGCCGAUUCCUGUCAAAGACUGAACUGACUGCCACACCCAAAGUGCAGAGUUUCCAGAUCAACGUGAAUGUGCUGGAGGCUCAGAAGCUGGUCGGGGUGAAUAUUGACCCCAUGGUUUACGUGAAGGUGGGGGACGAGAAGAAACACACAGCAACACAGAAGUCAACAAACUGUCCUUUCUACAAUGAAAAUUUUAUGUUCGAGUUCCAGGAACCCCAAGAGGUUUUGUUUGAUAAAGUUGUUGAAAUUUCAGUUGCGUAUAAAAAGAGGUUCUCGUUCUUUCCCACCUGGUUGGGAACAUUCAAGAUCGAUAUCAGCACCGUCUACAAUCAGCCUGAUCACCGGUUUUACCAGAAAUGGGCAGUACUCACCGAUCCCAAAGACACGCGGAGCGGCAUCAAGGGCUACGUGAAGGGCACUGUCAGCGUCGUGGCGAAGGGGGACAGCAUGGGCAUGGCCAGCAUCCCCACGACAGGCAGCCAGAACGAUGACAUCGAGAAGAACCUGAUGCUACCCAGGAGGAUGCCGGCGGAGAGACCCUGGGCUAAGUUCCUUGUCAAGGUCUAUAAGGCUGAGGGUCUGCCCAGCAUGAACGCGGGGUUCAUGGGCAGCUUUUCCAAGAUCAUGGGGGAGAAGAAGGUCUUCAUCGACCCCUACGUGCAGAUCACCUUUGCAGGGCAGCAGGGAGAGACGUCCGUGGAGAGCAACACCAACGCCCCGGAGUGGAACGAGCAGAUCUCCUUCAUCGAGCAGUUUCCACCCCUCGCCCGGAGGAUCAAGGUGCAGAUCCUGGACGACGCCAACAUCGGCGACGUGGCCCUCGCCACGCACUUCCUAGACCUGCAGCAGAUAUCGGACCCCACGAGGAAUGGCUUCCACCCCACAUUCGGACCCACCUGGAUCAACCUGUACGGCUCCCCCCAGAACUCGGUCCUGCGGGACAUUCACCGGGACCUGAACGAGGGUCUGGGUGAGGGCAUCUUCUACCGGGGUCGCAUCCUGCUCUCCCUGUCCGUGGAGCUGUACCACUCGCCCAGCCCCACCGAGAACAAGGCAGCCAAGGCCAAGAAGAACGCCCUGAGCAAGCUCAAGCUGAAGAAGAAGAGCAAGAAGUCCAGGGAGAAAGUGAAGGAAGAAGCAGCGCCGGAGGGGAGCAGCGAGGGGGCGGAGCAGGAGGAGAGCAUGGAGCUGCCUAGCGCCGUCACUGUGGAGAUGGAAGAGAUCCACCCGCUGCCUGAGAACUUCGUGGGUGAGAAGGAGGAGUUCCUGCUGUUCGGGUCCCUGUUUGAAGCCACCAUGAUCGACCCCUCCAUUGGCUCCAAGCCAGUCACGUUUGAGCUUUCUAUCGGUAACUACGGUAAGGCUGCCGACGUGAUUGUGAAAUCAAAAAAGACUGCGGCGAAGGAGGAGCUGAAAGAGGACAUGCAGCCGCUGAUGGAGAGCUCCGAAGAUGAGCUGGAGAAAGUAGAUGUGGAGGAGCCUAGGAGCAGAGACAAGUCCGUCACUCAGCCCAAGAAGCCACAGUCAACCGAGUAUGACAGGUCUUUCAGUUGUAUUCCCCUGCUGCACGAGAAGCCUUGCCUCUACAUCUGGAACUAUUAUGAGGACCAUAGCGCUCGGCUCUAUAAUACCAACUGGAUUGGAAAGAUGGCAGACAGACUGGAAUAUGGGAUCGAUGAAGUGGAGAAGCUACUCAAGCGGCCGAGGAGCCAUGCAAAGGAACGUCUCAAAGAGGUCCUGGCUGAGUUCGUGGCGAGCUGCAGGCAGUACAGUGUAAACGCAGAUAAGAAGACGAUGCCCAGGCCAAACAACCUCGACAGGUGCAGAGUGAAGUUUUUAAAACAGAGCAUUAUCAUGCUGGCCAAGCAGGUCCUGAGAAUCAGACACAGAAUCACCAAGCAGAACACCAGAGUAAAACUGGACGAGACGAGGACAAAACUGAAAAGACUGCGCUUUCUAGCCAAGGAGCCUCAGAGCACCCUGCCUGACGUAUUCAUAUGGAUGCUGAGCAGCAACAAGCGUGUGGCGUACGCUCGCAUCCCGUCUCACACCAUCCUCUUCUCGAUGGUAGAGGAGGAGAGAGGAAAGGACUGUGGUAAACUGCACACCCUUUACCUGAAGACCCCCGGGGCCCCUGUGGGAGAGGUCUUUGCUAAGCUGGAGGUGUACAUGUGGCUCGGGGUGACCAAGUAUGUGAAGAACAUCCUGAGCAGCCUGCCGGACGAGUUCAAGCCCCUGUAUGAGCAGGCCAGCUUCAGCACCCCCAUCCCUUCCAGCAUGCCUCCGUCCAAGCUGUGCUGCGAUGAUAGCCGUUAUUUCCAGUUAAGGGCGCACUUGUACCAGGCGCGGGGGAUCCUGGCUGCGGACGACAACGGCCUGUCGGACCCUUUCAUCAAAGUGGUGUUCUCCACCCAGUGCCAGGUUACCAGGAUACUGGAGGGCACCCUCUCCCCCACAUGGAGUGAGCUGCUGUUCUUCGAUCAGAUCCUGAUGGAGGGGAGCAAGGAGGAUUUGAGGAGAGACCCUCCCGUCAUUGUCAUCAACCUCUACGACUACGACAAAAUUGGCAGCCCCAAGUUCAUCGGCCAAGCCUUUGCUGGCCCUGAGGUCAAGCUGAUUGAUGAGACCUACAGUAAGCCAGCCUUGCAGUUCUAUGACAUCACCAAAGGGAAGACCCGGGCGGGGGAGCUGCUGGCAGCGUUUGAACUCAUCGAGCUCGAUUACUCUGGAUACGGGGAGCCUAGUGUCUCAGCGGAUGUUGACCCAAAAGAACCAGAAUACCUGGUGGAGCAGAAUUACUACCCGAUCCCUGAGGGGGUUCGGCCCAAGCUCAGACCAUUUAAGAUUGAGGUGCUGUACUGGGGGCUGCGUGAUCUGAAGCGGGUCAACCUAUUUGAGGUUGAGAGGCCUCAGGUGAAGAUCGAGUGUGCUGGGAAACUGAUCACUUCCGAGGAGAUUACUAAUUACAAGCAGAACCCCAACUUUACUGAGCUCGUCCAGCACUUCGAUGUGGAGCUCCCUGAGCUGGUAUACCUGCACCCCCCGCUCACCAUCUUCGUCCUGGAGCAGCGAGCCUUUGGGCGCAUGGUGCUGGUGGGGACACACGUGGUGCAGAGUCUCAUGCAGUUCGCACCCAAAGACCUGGAGGAGCUGAAUGAAGAGGAGGAGCCGGAGCAGAAGGAGAAGAAACCUGAAAAGAUAGUGAACCCUCUGAACACCGUCAUCAACAUGAACCUGGGCUCCCUUCCUAUGGCAGCCACCAAGAUUCCUAUCAACCCCAUCAACCUGGCGUCAAAAACCAUAAGUAAAGUCCCCCUUGAAAUCCUCAAACAGGAGGAGCUGGUUGAGGAGGAGCCUGAGAAGGAAGAGCUUGACUGGUGGUCCAAGUACUAUGCCUCUCUGGCGGAGCUGGAGAAAAAGAAUACAGAGGAGGAGGAGGAUAAUGAAGAUCAUCAGGAAGCAGAUGGUGGGAAUUUAAAUGCUGAUUCUCUAGACACAGUGGAAGAAGAUUUAACUGCCUAUACUGAACCAGAGCCCCCUAAACCAAAGAGGAAGUCUAUAGCAGUCCUUACACUCUAUAAAUCAGAACUUGAAAACGAGUUUCAGGAUUUCAUGGACUGGCUGCACAUAUUCCCCAUCUACAAAGGCAAGGCCAACUGCGAUGAAGAGGAUGAAGAUGACGAGGAGCGAACCAUGGGGAAGUACAAGGGCUCUUUCUUAAUUUACCCCAAAGAGGAGGGUGAGGAGGAGCCAGAGUGUAGGAUUAUCCAGGGGGCCCCCAAAAACAUGCCUAUCAAAGUGCUUGUGAGAGUCUACGUGGUGAAGGCUACCAACCUGGCUCCUACAGACCCCAAUGGCAAGUCGGACCCCUAUGUGGUAGUGAAGAUUAGGGAGCAGCAUAUGGACAGCAAGGAGCGUUACAUACCAAAGCAGCUGAACCCAGUCUUCGGAGAGGUGUUUGAGUUGACAGUCUCCUUCCCUCUCGAGACUGAGCUCUCACUGAUGGUGUUUGAUCACGACCUGAUUGGCUCUGACGACAUGAUCGGAGAGACAAAGAUUGAUCUGGAGAACCGUUUCUACAGCAAGCAUCGGGCGCUGUGCGGCUUGGCGUCCCAGUAUGAUACGGAUGGCUACAAUAAGUGGAGGGAUGCUCGCAAGCCCACAGUCAUCUUAGCCAACCUGUGCCGCAAAAACGGGGUCCCUGCUCCUGAGUACAGGCCAUUCGAAGUCAAAAUCGUCAACCAACUUUUUAAAAUCCCCACCGAGGCGUUUCCAGAAGAGUUGUUAAAGAAGAACAAAAAGACUGAAGAGGAUCUAAACGAGCUGGAGGAACACAAAGCCCUGUUCGUCCUGCAGCAGUGGGAGAAGAUACUGGGGUUUGGCAAUAAGCUGGUCCCUGAGCAUGUGGAGAUCAGGUCCCUGCUCAACUCGGAGAAGCCUGGAUUGGCACAGGGUUAUGUGCACAUGUGGAUUGACAUGUUCCCAGUGGAUGUACCAGCCCCGCCCCCUGUCAAUAUCAAACCCCGCCUACCGAUAAGCUACGAGCUGCGUGUGAUCAUUUGGAACACUGACGAUGUCUUCCUUGAUGAUGUGAAUCCAUUCACAGGGGCGCUAUCCAGUGACAUCUAUGUCAAAGGCUGGAUAAAGGGGCUGGAGGAUGACAAGCAGGAGACAGACGUUCAUUUCAACUCUCUGACUGGCGAAGGCAUGUUCAACUGGAGGUUUGUGUUCCGCUUUGACUACCUCCCCACGGAGAAAGAGAUCACGUUCAAGAAGAAGGAGUCUAUCUUCUCCAUCGACGAGACAGAGUUCCGGCAGCCCGCCUGCCUGGUACUGCAGGUCUGGGAUUACGACCGGAUUGGAGCCAAUGACUUCCUGGGUUCCAUUGAGCUGAAGCUGAAUGACAUGGUGAGAGCAGUCAAAUCCUCGGAGCAGUGCUCAGUGAAGAUGGGGAAGGACAAGGCCAGCCCGCGCUUCUCCAUCUUCAGGAGCAAGAGGAUGAAGGGCUGGUGGCCCCUGAUCAAGCUGAAGAGCCAGGAGGAAAUCGAGAGGGAGGAGCAAGAGGCCGAGGAAGAGGCGAAGAAGAAGAGGAAGAAGAAGAAGAAGAAGGACAGGAGGAGUCGAAUGAAGCCGGAUGAGAUUCAGUUUGUGGAUGCCAGUGGAAACACUUUUGUCCUGAUGGGUAAGGUUGAAGCCGAAUUGCAGCUGGUCACUGUAGAAGAAGCUGAAAAGAACCCAGUGGGAAAAGCACGCAAGGAACCAGAGCCGUUGGAGAAACCCAAUCGACCAAAGACGUCCUUCAACUGGUUCGUCAACCCAUUGAAGACCUUCGUUUUCUUCAUCUGGAAGAAAUACAAGAAGUAUAUCAUUGCUCUGCUCAUCAUAGUCAUCCUGGCCCUGUUCCUGGCCCUGAUCUUCUACACUCUACCAGGGCAGAUCAGCCAGAAGAUUAUCAGUGGGUGACACCCUAACCUCUCCGCUCACACAGAGAAAGAGCAGAGAUACUGGCACAGACAGCCACCAUUCUAUUAUCUCACAUACAUCAUCCACAACUAUCAAACACUCAACAUUCACAAACACAACCUGGAGAAAUCCAAUGACAAAUGCUUCCACUGGGUAAUGCCUUGUGUUAUUUAAGAUAUCUGUUAAUUUCUAUGUUACUUCUAGUAAUCACUACAAGCACUGAUCAAGUGCCAAAACAUGCAAGACUUUUUUUUUGUAUAUAAGCGCAUCUUUACGAAAUGUUAAAAUGCUCUUGAAUUUAGAUUAAUGAAAUCGAAUGCGUUCUGAUGCUAUACGCAUUUGGCUGUAACGUUGUAUGUUGGAUUAGCCAAAGGUUCAAUCUGGGAAGCAAGAAAUGUACUUUUUACAUAAAAAAUUUAGAGUAUAUGCUGUAGCACCUUUUAUAUUACGCAAUGGAGAAAAAAAAAAAGCAAUCAGUGUUAGAUAAGAAAUUAAAAAUAAAAAUUCUUGCAUACAUGGGAUUGGACAAUGCAGAUCAAGACGUAACCUGCAUGUGAGUCGUUUCCGUUUGUGGCAGCCAGGUAGCUAACAGAGGGGGCUAAUCCAAUCAAUCUGGACGCCUGCCCUUUUUAUAAAAAUGUGUGAGCAUGCCAAUGUUGUUGUUCUGUAUGUAGACUCUUUUAAUGUUGACCCACACAGAAUGAUGCAGGGAUGUAUUCAUCAAUAAAUAUGCUGCUGCUGCAUACAGUCCAAUAUUACCCUCUUGGCUCCUAUAGAAUGCAUGUGGUCCUGUAUAGUAUACUGACUAGGCGCUUGUUUCUAAGUGCACUGCACUGCACCCUGCUGGUACACAUUGUACGUGCAUCACUUUAAUAGACACAGAAGCAUGUGCAGUGCAUGGCUUUCCUGUUCCUGUAUACUCCUUCACCUCGGUGUUCACCCAGGCAUGGCAUUUGCUGCUAUAGUUUCAGAACAUGUCUGUUGAUCCGAUAGUGCAGUUGUGCUAGUGAUUCAUUUAUCAUUCUAGGUUUAUUUUAUUACCAUUCGUCGAAGAGUUCUCCAAACAGGGAGGUAUUCCAUUAUUACUGGAGGAAAUUCAGGAAAACCAAAAAUCCGACCGUCUCCUGCAAGCAGGCAGCAGAGUAAAUUGCCACGUUUUAAGUGCGAUAGUUUUACCUUUCUUUUUUUUUCUGGCAGAAUGGCUAUGCAUUUUUUAUCAGGCUCUUGGAUUCCGCUGACGGCGAGAGAGACCCCUAUUAAUGCUGUAUUCAUCUGAUUGCCAUCCCUGUCUGUCUGUGUGUGUGUGUGUGUGUCAGAUGUACAUCUGUGCCUUUAACAGCUUUCAGAUUGUCUUGAAAUGAAAAUGCCAUUCACAGUGGCGUGACAAUGCGAAAGCCCAGAAAAGCACUUGCAGGGUAUUGUGCUUAUUGUCUUCUGAGCUGGGUUAGUGAUAUGAAAAUUAAUUCGAACUCCAGUGACAGCACAGCCUCCUUGAUGCUCAGCUCAAGGUAAAAUAAAUACAUUGGAAAUGGACGAUGGUGGCUUAUCAAGCCUCAUUCCAUUCCAUCCUUUUGUUUUCAAUGCAGUAAAGAAAGAACAUCAGAAUGCCAGACAGUAUUUUAUCAGUUGAUUCCCCGUACGAACAUUUAUUUUUUCAUUUUUAUUAGGCAGUUCUUUGAGUGUGUGUAUUGUGAGCUGAUGCAUGCUUGCACACUAUUUUUUAAGGAUAGUUUUUUUUCCCGAAGGUCAAGGUGGAGUUGUACAGCAGGCCUUGGGUCCCGUUCGUCAUCACGGCUGUUUCCUUUCCCUGAAGGAUCACCUCUCUCAGCAGGGCUGAGCUCCUCAUAAUUUAUACAAGACGUAAAGGGGAAGCUAACCCCUCCCUCACACCCUCCCACGGGUCGCUUAGUGACUGCAGUUGGUUCACAGUCGGUCUCUGCCCUUUGCUUUGCAUAACACAAGCUGGCUUCCUCUAUCUUUAUAAAUACAUUUCCACACAACGCUGUUUUUGUAAGGUUAAGUUCAGUGUAAGCCGCCUUCAUGUGUCAGAUCAGCCUCCCUCCAUUUGGGAUAAAUGCACAGUUUGGAGUAUCUCGCAUGCAUGGGCAUUGUGCAUAGACAAGCUACAGUAUGUUAAUUGCAUUCUGCUUACUUGUUAUAAUAUAGUGUAGGCAACAACUUCCUUUAUAAACACAGGAAGCCCGUGUUUAGAAAUCUGCGAUAUUGUCACUCCUGCAAGAUAUUACUCCAGUGUGCUUCAUAUGGGGCUUGUAUUAAUGAAAGCUUUGCAAGAUUUCAAGACUAUUAAAUCUGAUCUUAUUCACCA